AUGGGGAACCAGGACGCGAAGCCGAAGAGGAGUGCGGGCGAUGCCCCGCACGGAGGCGGCGGCGGCAGCGAGGACGCCGCCGGGCCCCGCGAGGCCGAGGGCACAAAGAAGGCGGGCGGGGGCAAGAAGGCGCCGGGCCGGCACGGCAAGGGGGGCGGCGGUGGGGAGCCGGGCAGGAAGAAGAGCCGGUCGGAUCCCAGGGCCUCGGUCUUUUCCAACCUGCGCAUCCGGAAGACCCUGUCCAAGGGCAGAGGUGCCGGCGGCUCCCGUGAGGAUGUGCUGGACCCCCAGGCUCUGCAGGCCGGCGAGCUGGACAGCGCCCACUCCCUGGUCACCAAAACUCCGGACCUCAGCCUCUCGGCCGACGAGACGGGCCUGUCCGAUACGGAGUGUGCCGAUCCUUCCGAGGUGACGCGGCCCCGGGGUCCUGGCUCCGCCGGGGUCGGGGGCCCGGCGGUGGCCGAGGAUUCGGAGACUGCGGCGGGGGUGCAGGAUGGACAAAGGACCAGCUCGGGCUCAGACACAGACCUCUACAGCUUUCACUCGGCCGCGGAGCAGGAGGACUUGCUCUCGGACAUCCAGCAGGCUAUCCGUCUCCAGCAGAUGCAGCAGCAGCAGCAGUCCUCGAGCCCCGAGUCGCCCCCGGCCUCGCCCCCCUCCGCCGCCCCCCCUCCCGGGGCCCUGCCGGGCCUGGACCGACCCCCGCCGGGCCCAGGCGCCGAGGCGGCGCCGUCCGCGCGCCCCGACCGGCCUCCGGCUGCAGACCAGCCCGCGGCUGCCGCCUUGCCGUCUCCCGGGUCGGCUCCCGGGGAGCGAGGGGCCGCGGACACGGACGAGGAAGGCGAGGAGGACGCUUUCGAGGACGCGCCCCGAGGCUCUCCGGGGGCGGAGUGCGGCCCGGCGGCGGGAGAGGCCCCGCGCAGGCCGGGGGCGACGCGCGAGGAGGGCGCGCCGAGGCCCAGCGUCCCCGCGGCCGCCUCCCCGCCCCGCAGCCCGGCGCGCAGCCCGUGCUGUUCCCGGACCCGCCCGCUCCUGGCGCCCUGCUACGUCAGGACCACCACCCGGCAGCUCAGCUCGCCCGGGCCCUCCCCCGCCCCGUCCCCUAGCCACAGCCCCCGGGUACAGAGACGGCCGGAGUCCUCCCUGGACCGGGGGUCCGGAGCCGCCGCGGCCCCCGCCGCCCCGGCCAGGAAGCCCCGCGCGGGCCGCAGCCGCUCGGCCGACUGGACCGCGGAGCUGGGCCGCGCGCCCGGGGCGGGGGUCUCGGCGCACCUGGCGCAGCGCGGGGCGGGAGGUCUUCAGGACGUGUUCGCAGACAGUGAUGGUGAGCAGGCCAAAAGCACCUGGGAUGCUACUACUGGUACCUUUCCAGCGGCCGUAUGGACUUGGCUAAGCCGGCUGAACGGUCGGCUCACGGCGGAAAAUGUGGAGCAGUGCGAUGAGUUUAUCCUUGCGUGUCGUUUAGGUUGGAUGAAUUCGUGCCACGGCUGGAAGACCUCGACAGGGCCCAGGAUUGACCUCUGCUGUUUGCUCUUCCAAGCCAAGCAGAGGCCUGGUGUCCAGGCACCAGUUCCCACAGGCCCUGGUGUGGCCCUGGCGGGUACAGCCCAGUUUUGGGCUGGCAGCAGGGGUGGCCCAGCUGGGAGGCCUCCUGACCUGGGAGCCAAGUGUGCUCUUGGGACCCAGGCCUUAGAUCAGAGAAGAGCGGCCACUGCUUUGGUGGCCUGGUUUUCAGUCAUGGCUCGGCUGAACCUGCUGAUAGAGGGAGGGCCAGAGGAGCGGGAACUGAGUGACCCUGGAGACUUCCUGUUGCCUCCACCGGAGAUGAUUAGGAGGCGUUUUCUGCGGGCCCGCCCUGUCCCCUUCCAGUGGCUGGUGCCUGCCUCCCUGCCCACCCCGUUCCUGCCCCCCAACAGCCACCCCUCAGACUGGCGAACUCUGCUGGAGAAGCUGUUCAGCCAGCAGGAGAGUGGGCCUCCAGAAGAAGCAGAGAAGUUCUGCUCGCGGAUCAUUGCCAUGGGACUGCUCCUUCCUUUCAGGGACUGCUUCAGGGAGCCGUGUGGUCAGGAUGCCCAGUCCAGCUCAGCUCCGUUUGAUCAAGAUCAACUUUACACCUGGGCUGCGGUUAGUCAACCCACACACUCGCUGGAUUAUACAGAAGGGCAGUUUCCCAGGAGAGUCCCAGCUGCUUGGCCACCAUCUAAACCUCCUGAAGAAGAACACAGGCCCAAGGAUGCUGACACAGAGUCUCAAUCUGCUGUUUUAGAAACUCCGAAAAAAUGUUCAGAUGCUGCUCAGCAGGAAGUUUGUGACAUGAAAUCUGAGGGUCAGGCCACUGUCAUUCAGCAGCUGGAGCAGACCAUUGAGGAUCUGAGGACCAAAAUAGCUGAGCUAGAGAAGCAGUACCCGGCCGCAGACCUGGAGGCGGCCGCCUCCGGAGACGCGUGUCUGCGAGCUCUCAGGUUGGGAGAAAAGGAAGUAGGGCAUCAAAGGAUUUUACAGGCAAAGUCCAUCCAGACGUCCCCAACAGAGGAGGGUGGGACACUGCCACGUCCUCCCAUGGGCGCCCUGCCUGAGGCCACGAGUGGAGACCCAGCUGGGCUGUCCUCACCUCCCGGACCUCAGACCAAAUUCUGCGCAGAGAUUUCUUUGGUCGUGUCUCCAAGGCGAAUAUCAGUUCAGCUCGAUGCACAUCCGUCCCUCCAGGCUCCACCACCCACGUCGCCGCCCUGGUCUGACGGUCAAGGACAGGCGAGCUCACAGCCUUCCCGUCCUUCUUUUCACACGGAGUUUGAAACCAGCCACGAGCACUCUCCUUUCCCCUCCUCUGAAAACAGCUGUGACAUCCCCACUGCACUGCCUCUGUCUCCCAACAUCUCCCACCAGAUGCCUGGUCUGGGAACCGUGGCUCCUCCACGGUCCCCGCCCCAUGUCGCGCCUGAGCCUGCGCUGUCCAGCCCACCGUGCCCCUCACCUCCUCCUCCACCUGGUCCAGAGAUUCUGCCACCCCCUCCCCUACCUUUGCCUGCACCCCCUCUGCUUCCUGGAUCCGGCCUUGCUCUCCCACCACAAGCUGGGAGUAGCACUUCACCAACACCUCAGGCUUGUGGAUUUCUUCCUCCACCGUUGCCAGCUGGCUUGUUUGGAUUCGGGUUGAACCAGGACAAAGGCAGCAGGAAGCAGCCAAUAGAGCCUUGUCGGCCGAUGAAGCCUCUGUAUUGGACGAGAAUUCAACUGCACAGUAAAAGAGACUCCAGUGCUUCACUUAUUUGGGAAAAAAUUGAAGAGCCAUCCAUAGAUUGUCAUGAAUUUGAGGAAUUAUUUUCUAAAACUACUGUAAAGGAAAGGAAGAAACCGAUUUCUGACACCAUCACAAAGACCAAGGCUAAACAAGUUGUCAAGUUACUCAGCAACAAAAGGUCACAAGCAGUUGGAAUAUUGAUGUCUAGCCUUCACUUAGAUAUGAAAGAUAUACAACAUGCUGUGGUGAACUUGGACAAUUCUGUGGUUGACCUGGAGACCCUUCAAGCUCUCUAUGAGAAUAGAGCACAGUCAGAUGAACUGGAAAAAAUUGAAAAACACGGCCGGUCCUCCAAAGACAAGGAAAACCCCAAGUCUCUGGACAAACCUGAGCAGUUCCUUUACGAACUGUCACUAAUCCCCAACUUUUCAGAGCGAGUCUUUUGCAUCCUGUUUCAGUCCACAUUUUCAGAAAGCAUUUGCUCAAUUCGGCGCAAACUGGAGCUGCUACAGAAGUUGUGUGAGACAUUAAAAAAUGGAUCAGGGGUCAUGCAGGUUUUGGGUUUGGUUCUUGCCUUUGGCAACUACAUGAAUGGUGGAAAUAAGACUCGGGGACAGGCAGACGGUUUCGGGUUAGACAUCCUCCCAAAGCUGAAAGACGUCAAAAGCAGUGACAAUAGCAGAAGCCUUUUGUCAUAUAUCGUAUCCUAUUAUCUUCGCAAUUUUGAUGAGGACGCUGGGAAGGAACAGUGUGUGUUUCCACUGCCCGAACCCCAGGACCUCUUUCAGGCCUCGCAGAUGAAGUUUGAAGACUUUCAAAAAGACCUCAGAAAACUCAAGAAAGACCUGAGAGCCUGUGAGGUUGAAGCGGGGAAAGUGUACCAGGUGUCCUCAAAAGAGCACAUCCAGCCAUUCAAAGAAAACAUGGAACAAUUUAUUAUUCAAGCUAAAAUUGACCAAGAAGUGGAGGAGAACUCACUGACAGAGACUCAUAAAUGCUUUUUGGAGACUACAGCCUAUUUCUUCAUGAAACCAAAGAUUGGAGAGAAGGAAGUGUCCCCAAAUGUCUUCUUCAGUAUCUGGCAUGAAUUCAGCUCCGACUUUAAAGACUUUUGGAAGAAAGAAAACAAACUUAUUCUACAAGAGAGAGUAAAAGAAGCUGAAGAGGUGUGUAGGCAGAAAAAGGGAAAAUCACUUUAUAAAAUAAAACCAAGACAUGACUCUGGAAUUAAAGCGAAAAUAAGCAUGAAAACCUGAACAAUGAAAAGCAGAACGGAAAUGAGUCCCUGCAGCCACUUCCACAGAAUUCAGCUGACCUGAGGGCAGGAAGGAAACUCAUCAUUUUGAUCACGUUUCUUCUUGGCCUCUUGCAUAAUCUUUGUGUUUUCCAGACAGUUCACUGAUUGUUAAAUUCUACUGUAUAUUAAAAAAAAAAAAAAAAAAAGCAAAAGCAGUAGGCCAGUGGAGAAUGUGACACCUUUUCUUUCUGUAAAAGUUUAUGGUAUUUUACCGAUAGACCAAAACAGCAUGUGUAAGAGGCAGUAUCUGCAUUAAUUCUGAACAUGCUAAAAAGUAACCUCCAAUUUACUGAUGUGCAAAUAGCCCUGUCACAGUGAAACACGUUCCUUUCUACUGACGACCAAUACUCCACAUCACUGCAUUUAGAGUUAUGGUUAAAAUGUUAUUUCUAGUGAAUUGUUUGUAUCAGUUUCACAUCUACAUAUAAAUUUUCUAUUUUGAAAUCAAAGUACCAUUUAUAUAUGUCAUAGUCAAGGCUUUCCCAGCUCUUGGGUUGGUCUCUGUAACUAUAUAUUUGUGAAAGAAGAUUAUCAUUUUUUUUUUAACUCAUCAGAUAAUGAAUAGAAAAGAAUAUAGCAAGAGGAAAACCCUUCCUAUAAAUCAUUUAAAAUAGGCAGGAAUCAGAAAUGAGGGUGUUUAUCAACUAUGUCCUUUGGGACCUUACAUAAAGCCAAUCUGCAGCAAAGGUCAAUUAAACCAAAGUUGUGCCUCUCUGUACUUUUACCAUUGCCCUUCACAAAGAAAAUGACACAAUACUUUUAAGGAAUUUAAAUAAAUGAUGCUCAUAAAAUUGCCAAACAUGACUAAGUGUUGGCAAAAAAAGAGUAACUUUUAGAUGGAUUGGCAUCUACCUAGAACUUGUUAAUUAAACCCAGCUGCCUGAGUAUUGUGACCUGAUUGGGGUUGUCUUUUUGUGUUAUGGCAGUUGAUUAAAAACUAUGAAAUGAGUAUGCAAGGAUUUAUGACCUAAAGGAGCCUAGGAAAAGAUUUUAUUUUAGAUUGAGAGGAAAAAAGUAAAUCUUCCACUUUCUCUGAAAGUAUUUUAAAGUCAGCUCCUGAUGCAUUGUGAUGGUUUUGUCUAACAUUAAUAGACAUUUUUAAAAAUUCUUUUAAUGAUAUGUUUUGGGGUACAGCUGUGAAUAAAGGGGAGAAUGUGUUGCUAAUGUAAACCAAUUAUGGAAUCAACUUAAAAAGAAACUCUGAAUCAUAACUAUGUUUGUAUUUAUGUAGAGUACUGUCCUUAGCUUUCAGUCUGUAGUCAACAUGCACAGACACAGUAGUGGCUCUCGGGUUGCUGUUCUGCUGUUCUCCUGUCUCCUUCGGCCCCUCCAUGUGUACAUGACUUUCUUCAAUGAUAUAAUAGGGCAUUUAACAGAGAUCGCUAUGUGCAAUACUGUAUUUAGUGUUUCUAUUUUAA